AUGUUAAACGGUAGCUCUGAGGACACCACAGAGGAUUCUAAUUUAUCGUGCAAUGGCAGUAUCGAUGUCGACUCUGAGCGCAACAGUCCGCGUAAAAAAUGGGAGUCAAUGUUUAGGGAGUCAUUCGAUCCAUCCAGAAAUCCAUUCGUAAGCAUAGUCAAUGUCUAUUUGGAAGACACUCAGCCGAUUGAGGUUGGUUACGAAUAUGACAGAAAGCCCAUACUCGAAAGAUUACCAAGUGCCACAAAUUCACAUUUGGCGUCUUCCAAGAUUGCAGAAGAACCAGCGACCCCUCCACAAACUCCAACUCUGCGUAGUUGGUCCGGUGAACUUGGGAAGCAGCCUUUAGGAUCGACAGACGUAUGCUCUUUCUCUACUCCACUUGUUCAUGGAGGGUAUCAAUUCAGCGAAAAUGCAUCCGCAAAUUUGUACCGUUUGUCUUCACAGCUGAGCGGUAGUGUUGAAUCUGUGAACACAGAUGUUCUUUUCAGUCGUCACUUGGCUUCCAUGCUUCAUUUGAGUGAGGAUAAUCACUCUAUUACUACUGGCAGGCAUAGAAAGAACCAGAAAUCUGAGGUUGAGAGCAUUUACGACACAACAAUCCCACGAGCAGAACGUGCUACAUUUUACACGAUACGGAAAGAAAAUCAAAUUCAAGUCCCUGCUUCAUUAGCUACCGCGUCGCAAGCCCACCACAAAACUGUGGUGUUUCGAGGACCUUCGGAACCGUCGUUAAAGCAUGAACUAGUAGGCGAUAAAGUUCUUUCGGAUGCUAUUAAUGAGAAGCCAGACGAAACUUUUCAUGCGCCUCCAUCAGCACUAGAAUCAGUCCCGAAUGAAGAGGCUUCAAAUAAUUCAGCCGCUAGCAGGAAAGUGAAAGUAAACCUCCCAAAACCAAGGAUUCCGUACGGUUCGUCAAGGCCGUCUUUAUUGACUAACAUAUUGGUUCCUCCUCCCCGGAUGCCGGCUAAGAAAAGGUUACGGAAAAUUACCUCGAUACCUGCGCUCCGAAAAGUUUCCGGUAGUUCAAGAGUUUCCUCGUCGAGUUCGAGCAGUGAAGUAGAUGUAGAGCCGAAACCACCAGUAGGGGACCCAAACGUUGACGCCGCCGGGGAUACUUUCAGAAAAGGCCACAAAAUUCCUCCGAUACCCACAAAUCAACAUCCGCACCGGACUUCGGCCAAUAGCAUGCUUCAAAUAUACCAAUUCCGCGACGUGCGUGAAAAAUACGAUGUCGAAGCAUGCAUUCAUUCUCAACAUAUUGACGCUGCAUCUAUUUCUUCUGACGCGUCGACUAAAACUGCAUUAUUUGAACUUUUCAGCCCUAUGAAAAUACUUAUAACCCUAUGCAUAUGCACAAUCAUACCGCCGUUGUACUUUCUGAUAGGAUUGGGUUCUCGUGGAUUUAUCAGUGACGAAAGAUUGCUAAAUUUUUUAUUGAGAGACUAUUAUACUCACAAUUUAUUCGCCGGGUUCGCUUGGGAUAUCAAUGUGUCCUGGUUUCGAUUGAUGUGUCUCAUUCUGGGAUCAUUAGAGACAUUCAUUAUUUUUGCAUGCAUAGCCGUAGGCUUUGCCGUUGGAAAAGUACGAGAGCGGUAA